AUGAAGCGUUCCAUCCGCUUAUUUUCAACUGCCUUUCUUCUUCUGUUAUUUCUUCAGGCAACAAUCGGAGCCAUACCAUUAGAAGGUAGAACAUGCGAGUCUCAGAGCCAUCGGUUCAAGGGGAUGUGCGUGAGAGAGAGUAAUUGUGCUACUGUCUGCCAGACGGAGGGUUUCCAAGGGGGACAUUGUCGGGGCUUUCAUCGCCGAUGCUUCUGUACUAAACACUGUUAGCCAUUUGAAUAAACCAAUAAUAUUUCACUUUCCAUAAGGUCCCCUUUAGUUUUUGUGUAUGCUUGAGAAUUAAGAGAAUAAGAUAUCCCCGACAUAUGUCUAUCUUAUCUGUUUUUGUGAUUUUUAUGUCGGAUGAAAUGAUUUUCUUUUCUUUAUAAA